AUGGACGUCGCCAUGGCUCUAUACGGCAGGGUGAUCGGUGCGUUGCGCCGUCACCAAGACGUGGCUAUCGGCGCGAUAAUCCUGACUCUCGUGCUGUGCGUAUGCGUGCCGCUGCUGGUGGUGGUGCCCGAGUCACGGCCGUACGGUGCCACCUUCAUUGCGUGGGGGCUUGCGUUCGCCUUGCGUGCGUGGCGGUGCUUGCCGCGAGAGAGGGUGCACAUGUGCAGGGCCGCGCAUCGCUUGGCCGACGCUAAGAUGCGGCAACGCGGCGUGGGCAAGGUACUGAUGCCCUACACGGGGGCGUCUCGCUUGAUGCCCGUGGCGAGCUACAGCCGAGGCAAUCGACUGCCGAGCUGCUCGUCGACGGAGGCAACGACGAGGUGUCACGGGUUUCUGGCGAUUGGAAGCCGCUCGCCGACCCCCACUCACCAGGCACGGGUGGACAUGGGGGAUAAUGACAUCACUGCCAACAGCAGUGGCAAGACGAGUGGCGCCGCUGCUGGGUCGGCCCCAUCGUCCUGUGAUCUGUUCCUGUCGGCAUCUGCGCUGGAGUCUUCAGCCCAGUUUCUUGCGCUGACUCACGUGGCUUCGCGCCAGGAGCCCUCUUCGUCGAUCACCGAUCGCAACGCCGCUUCCGUAACACCGUCCGGGAGUCGAAGUGCCAGCGGCAGACGCGCACCGAGGCGUUCACACGAGCCGUUCACAUGCAUGUCCCGCGCCUGUGCCUUGGACUUCACGACCCUGUCAGAGCACGGCAGCGAGGUACCCUCAGUCGAACCCGCCUCGCUGUCGGCGAUGCAGCCAACGACAAGCUCCUCGUCUCGCAUGCACGGAUGCACAGGCGCCGCGAUGACCACGGUGUCGUUGCCGCAGACACCGGUGGUGAGCGGUGCCGUCCAGUCCCCGGCGUGGCUCCCCGCCGAGCUCGCGCGCACCUUUUCGGACUCGAAGACGCCGCUGUCAGUGUGCUCGCAGCCGUCGAAGGUGGGGCCGUCUUACUCGCAGAUGGACACACUGUCACCGCCGACGUACGAGGAGGCGGUGCUGUCCUCCUCACGCAGCUCGUCGUCCCCGCGGAUCGCGGUGCUGAGCACGACGAUGCGGUCGCAGCGCCUCUCUCCAGCAGUGGCACGUGACGGUGCUCCCUGA